AUGGACGCUCCACCGAAAAAAAGCGGCCGGACGAAGCUCGUGCGUCCGCGCGGCAAGCGUGGCGGCGCAAAGAACAGGCGCAAGACGCCGGGGCAAACCAAGCACGCCCUGCACAUUGCCAAGUACCACACGCUCGAGAAGCAGAUCGCGCAGACCAGCGACGAGGCCGAGCGCGAGGCGCUGCGCGAAAAGCAGCGGGCGCUCGGCGGCCUGCAGAUGUACCAGGAUCAGAGCAACACGGGCGGCGCGUCUGUGCGGGGCGGCGAGUCGGGCAAGUGGUGCGCCAAGGUCCUGCAAGAGCUGAUCGAGCCUGAUACCAAGAUCCGGCUACUGGAUGUCGGCGGCAUUGCCGGAACGGCGUACGAAAAGUACAAGUGGAUUACGGCGACCUACAUCGACCUGAACCCCCGCGCAGAGCACGUACACCAGUCCGACUUUUUCGACUGGCCCGUGCCGCCGAGCCGCGAUGAGCGCUACGACGUAGUAGGCCUCUCGCUCGUGCUCAACUUUGUCGGCGACCUCAAGCAGCGCGGCGACAUGCUCUUGCACGCACACAAGUACCUCAAACCGAGCGGCUACCUCUACCUAGUUCUCCCGCUUGCCUGUGUGUCCAACAGCCGCUACCUCACCCACGAGCACCUGCAGGCGAUCGUCGAGUCGGCCGGCUACAAGGUCGUGCGCAACGAGGACAGCGCGCGGCUCACGCGCUGGCUCCUACAGCAGCGCAAGCCCAAGCGCGGCAAGGCCGGAGAGACACUCGAUGAGGCGAUCCGGCACAAGUACUACGACGGCACCGUCUACAAAAAGCGCGAGCUACUCGCUGGCGCGCAGCGCAAUAAUUUCUGCAUCCAGCUCACGUAG